GGAUAUCAAUUAAUAAAAGGAUGAUUAAUUUGAUUGUAGGAGAGUCAAUAAAUAAUGUAAUACGUUCCUUUGACAACUCAUUUAAAUGCUUUGGCUCAAUUAUACUAGCAAUGCGCUAGUUUAUCUGAGAGAUGUGAUAAGUUAGCUAAAGGGGAGGAAAUAAUAAAUGAAGAAAAAUAAAUAUUGAUAAAUAAAGAUUAAGAGAGAAUUGAAAUUGAUUGUGGUUCAGCAGUAUUGUAAAGUUAGGAAAAAAAUUAAUAAGGAUAGGUAGAAUCUAGAUCAGAUACACCUAUUGAGAUUAAGUAAUUUUUAGUAAAUAACUUAGCAUAGUUGAUGAAGAAGGAGAUGAGAUGGAUAGAAAAAAAGAUAAUCCAAUUUCAAAUUAAACAAAAAAGAUAAAGAGAAGUUUAAAAUAAGGAGAUGAAAAAUAAUAAUAAAUUCAAUGUUCAUAAUGUAAAUAAUUAUUUAAGAAUCAUAAAUAAAUGAAGAAACAUAUUGAGAGAUUUCACAUAAAUAAAUCUGUGAAGAAAGUGAAUAAGAAAUUAUAGCAAGAAGUUGUGGUUUAAAUUUGA